UUUCUUCCUCCCUCUCCUCGAUCAUUUGAAGUAUUCGUCCUCCACUUUCUAUCAGACUAGGUACAAGCAAACAUGGCCGCCAAAGCAGGAAAGAACAAGCCUCCGGUCUACGUCCUCGGUGUAGGCAUGACCAAGUUCAUCAAACCGCGUGGAAAAGUCGACUACACUGAACUCGGUUUCGAAGCCGGCAUCAAAGCCCUCAUCGACGCGCAAACCAACUAUGAUGAAAUCGACGCCGGAGUUGCCUGCUACUGCUACGGAGAUUCCACCUGUGGCCAAAGAGUCUUUUACCAAUUCGGCAUGACUCAAAUUCCCAUUUACAAUGUGAACAACAACUGCUCCACAGGAUCCACCGGCCUCCAUCUCGGACGCACCAUGAUCGCAGGUGGCAUGGCCGACGCCGUUCUCGUCGUCGGAUUUGAGAAAAUGAACCCAGGAUCUCUGCAGUCGUACUUUUUGGACCGUGCGAACCCCACGGGAACGACGGGUCAGAUGAUGAUGGCUACACGUGGUCGAACGAAUGCCCCGGAAGCAGCGCAGUUGUUUGGAAAUGCGGGCAGGGAAUAUAUGGAGAAGUAUGGAGCGAAGAAGGAAGAUUUUGCGGAGAUUGGUCGAAUCAAUCAUGAACAUUCCAAGAGAAAUCCUUACUCGCAGUUCAUGGAUGAGUAUACGUUGGAGCAGGUCAUGAAUUCCACGACGAUUCACGAACCCCUGACCAAGUUGCAAUGCUGCCCUACUUCCGAUGGAGGCGCAGCGGCGGUGCUGGUCAGUGAGAAGUUUUUGCAAGAGAGGCCGCACUUGAGAGAUCAGGCGAUUUUGAUUGCGGGUCAGACUUUGGCGACGGAUGCCCCGAGCUUGUUUUCGAGGUCAGCGAUUGAUCUGAUGGGCAGAGAGAUGACGGCCUAUGCGGCGAAGACUGCCAUGGAGGAGGCGGGAAUCAAGCCUGGAGAUGUGAAAGUUUGCGAACUUCAUGACUGCUUCUCGGCAAAUGAGAUGAUCACGAUCGAUGCUUUGGGACUGUCACCUCAUGGAAAGGCUCAUGAGAUGGUCAGGAACGGAGAUAUCACAUAUGGAGGCAAGAUGGUGAUCAAUCCCUCCGGAGGUCUCAUCAGUAAGGGACAUCCGCUGGGUGCUACAGGUAUUGCUCAGUGCUCGGAGCUGGUUUGGCAUUUGCGAGGUUGGGCGAACAACAGACUGGUGCCUGACACUACUGUUGCGCUGCAACAUAACCUCGGAUUGGGAGGUGCUGUGGUGGUGACGGUGUACAAGCGCGCAGAUGGCGGGGCGCCCAAGAAGAUGUCGGAUGAGGAGGUUGUGAAGGCUACCAAGAUUGGGUACAACCCUGCUACCGAAGCGAGAGGUUUCACAAAGAGUCAGGCAGACGCGGUGAGGAGUAGGAAGCAGAGAAGUGAAUGGGCCUUGCAGGACAUCCAGAAGAAGGUUGAGAGCAGGUUCUAGAUGUAAUGGAGUGGCAGAAAAGAUGGAACGAUCAAUAUGUAGCG